AUGGCUGAGCAGUCGCCCGCCGCUAUCGCCGAGGCUCUGCUCGGUGCUCUGGAACAGUAUGGGCAGGGAGACUACAUUGGCGAAUCGAUCAACCAGUUGGAGCAUUCGCUUCAAGCGGCCCACCAGGCGCGCACUGCCGGUAUGUGUCCCCUACUCCCUGGGCGAAGCGCCUCACUCAUGGCGGUCGUAGGUGCCCGCGACGAGCUGGUGAUUGCCGCUCUGCUGCACGAUAUUGGCCAGAUCAUCCCGCUGGAGGCCUCGAAAGAGGUGCGAAUGAGCCUCCGCAACAGCGCGGAGAAUGUCGGCCGGGUCGGCCACGAGGCGAUCGGGGCCGAGUACCUUCACUCGGUGGGAUUCAGCGAGACCGUGUGUCGCUUGGUCAACAGCCAUGUGGCGGCCAAACGAUAUCUCACCGCGGUCGAUCGCGCCUAUUAUGAUUCCUUGUCGACGGCAUCACAAAAGUCCUUGGCCUUUCAGGGCGGACCGUUUCAGGGCGACGAGCUGUGCGCGUUCGACCGGGAUCCGCUGCGGGAUGAGAUGGUUGCCCUGCGUCGGUGGGACGACGCGGCCAAGCUGGUGGGCAUCGAAGCGACCACGCCGCGUGCACGGUCGUACCACGACACGAUCGUCACGCAUCUGAGCCAGGGCCGGGCGUAG